CCCAUGAUGGAACCUCUGGAGUCUCUGGAGUCAGUGAUUAAGUUAAGUUUGUAGACAGCUCAGAUCCAAGGAGGACUGACACAAUGCCUGACAUCUGAGUGAGGCACCAUCGCAGAUUCUGGUUACCAUGUGUUGUUGGAUGCCUUUAAUCUUGGCCUGGGUAUCCAUGGCAACCCCGGCGCUCUGCCAAAGCGGGGACGGCGAGUGGGGUUCCGGCUUUGACAUUUAUACUUCCACAAAGGCCCUCAAUGACACUUCGCAGGCAGCUGGUGAUGAGCCCGUGAGGAUGAAAAACAGCCAUGACUGGAACACAUCGGCAGUAUUUCCACUGUCCUCACCUGUGCUGCAUUAUGAGGCUCAACCUGAUAGGUGCUCGGUCCACUUCAGCACCGACGCCGCUUCGGCACGAAGGCUGAGAGCUCAGAAGGAGGAGCUGGCUUAUCUGCAGGCCAUCCAGCGUGGAAACGAAGCGGUGGUAGAGAACCUGGUGCAGUUUGUCGGGGCAGAGCUCGAGGACCAGAGGUAUGAGGACGUGAUCAGGGAAAACAUUAUCGGCAUCCAGGAGGGCCACAAGAGAUGCCACGAGGUGGUAGAGAAAGCUGAGGAGGAUCUGGAGAAGCAGCUGGAGGGUGACAUGUUGGACAACGUCGCUAGGAUGCACAAAAUCAGAGAAGAGUCCUCGUCCUUUGAAGACAUGCUCCGUGCUGCAGCGGCCAUCGCCAACCGGCUGGAGAUCUCGUCAAAGAACCUGCAAGCCUCAUUCACCAGCAGGCAGCUGAAAGACAUCAGAAUUAAAAUGCGUCACUAAGGACGUGUUGAAGUCUCCACAUGCACUUAACGGUUCACGUCAUCUCCUGAACUCGUGGAUGAAAUUGUAAAUAACAAAAAAAAUAAUAAAGAGGUGAUGUGUCACGGUCAGCCAUACAUAAACUGUACAAAUAUGAUUUGUGAGCAAAGAACUGUUGGGUAAAAUCAGGUUUUUCUUUCACAAACCCAAUGCCUGCCCAUGAAAUACAAGCUAUUAUUUUGCUUUUUUGGCUUUAUUAGUGAGGUCAAACAUGGCAACAGCAUGCGCUGCAGGUUUGAGCCAAGCUGAAUGUUUAUGAAUCAAACCAGAUUGGCCUUUGGAGUCCAAGCAUAAUGACUCUUUCAGUCGUCUCUGGAGAAAGCUGUGGAUCAGCCAUCUGGUUCAAGGGUGAGGACGGAGGCUGGAACACACUUAAGAUGGCAUGUGGGUUUCAAUAGAGAUGGCAACAAAAAAAAAGAAAACAACUGCACUUUCUUAAAAAUAUACCUGUAGAUGACAUUGUAUAGUUAAACGAUUCCUGAAAUUAGGAGGAAAAUUAAAAACUAAGAUCUCAAUAUAUUGAAGAAUCUGAUUAUGCCCAUUUAUGGAAAAAAAAAUUGCAAGAUAAUUUUUAAAUAGUGCCUUGAUUUUUGUAACUAUUAAAGUUUGUACAACACAUGA